GCUGACAGACACAUCAAGCAACUGGAACGACUGCAAGAAGCCGACGCCAACAGCCCAACAGCCGCUGCCGCAGCUCCCCUCUCCGGCUCUCCGCCACCACCAAAUCAAUCAACCCCCCUCUCUCAUAAAUCAAUCAACCAAGAAUCCCCUCCUCCUCCCUCCCCUAAUCAAAACCAAACCCCUCCGGGUCCCCCUUCCCUGUUCCCCAUCUCUUUCUUGGUCGUCGGCGCCUCCUCUGCCUCCGGUCGCUCGCCGUGGUUGAACAAGAAACGCCAUGGCGGCGGAAAAAGGAAGCCCUCUGCCCAAGUUUGGGGAGUGGGAUGUCAACGACCCUGCUUCAGCUGAGGGAUUUACUGUAAUAUUUAACAAAGCUAGAGAUGAGAAGAAGACUGGAGGAAAUUCACAGGGACAAGAUGAACAAGUGAAAAAUGAACAACAAUCAUCUGGGCAAGGCUUCAAUGCUCCAAAAGCAGGCAAUACUAAGAAAUGGUUGUGCUGCUUUCAACCUAGUGCUGCUGAAUCCUGAAGUUCGCGAGAUACCAACUGGAUUGUGGAACUGAACUGUGCUUUCCUUGUCAAAUUUCUGAAGAGAUUCUGUGAUGUCCAGGGAAACAUGUUGUGGUGAUUCUUUUUACAGUUGUGUGAUGAAGAGGGUUUCUGAAACAAGUAAUUUACUAAUCUGUCUCAGGCAUGUACAUUAUUUGCAGCUUAUAUAUCUGGUAAACCUCGGUGGUGUAUAUUGAUGCGUAAUAUCGUUGUUGGUCCAGUUGACUCAAUGAACAUUUGUUCAGCUGUUGGGGAAGUUACAGGGUAAAAUGAAAUGAAACAAAGCUUUUGAGUA